AUGUAUGCUUCAGGUAGAAUGGAGGGAUGGGGCACAGAAACAUGCUAUGUUCUGCUGAAAAGAUCUCAGAAAGGGAAGCACAGACACAGCAUUUUUUUUUUAACAGAAAGAGCAUUGUCUUUAUUGUCCAAAUCUGAAAUCUUCAAACUUCCCUUGCAUCCUAGAGUAAUGUAUUAUGCAAAUAUGUGCCCUUUUGCACUCAGCUUUGUUACCUCUAAGAAAAAUGUAACAAACAUUGUUUUGGGAAAAGGCAUUAAGGUAUUUUCAGAGGUCUCACAGAUAGUUGGUGGAAUGUGCUCAGUAACUUAUGUAAAAAGGAUCAGCAGCACAAUUUAUAGAUUAAAUUCCUCUUUGUAUCCUAGGAUUAUACUGGACUUCAUUAGUUGUUGGUUAAGGGUCUCCCUAUUGGCUCAGAUGGUAAAGAACCCACCUGCAGGGCAGGAGACCUGGGUUUGA